AAAGUUUGUUUAAAAUAACUACAACAAUAAUAUAAUAAUAUCUGUAUAUAAAACAAACCCACUAGCUACACAGUCACAGGACCUAAAGAGUGAAGACCAUUUUUCAACUAUCUCCCUUUCCCUUCUCUCUCACCCCCUUUACUCAUUCCAAUUCACUUUGGCAUUUCAUCAAACAGUACAACUACAAUAAUCCAACACCAACAUCUAUCUCUCGCUUUCUCAACUUUCACGUUUCAUUUUCGAAGAUCCUUUUCCCCUCAAGAAACUGAGAAGAAUCAGAAUCAGAAUCGAAGAAAACAGAGAAUCAUCAAGAAUUGGAUUUCCUUCAGCAAUAGAUGGAUGUAGGGAGGGUGGUGCUAGUGUUGUUGUUGCUGUGUGUGAUGUGGAUUCAGAUUCAGCUUUGUUCAUCAGAUCCAAGCGACGAGGCGUGCCUCACGCAACUCAGCAAAUCGUUACAGGACCCAAACAGAUUGAACUGGAAGCAAGAGAAUUUCGCCAAACCCUGCAACGAUUCAACCUCGAAUCUCCAAGGAGCAAUCUGCAACAAUGGCCGAAUCUACAAACUCUCCCUCAACAACCUCGCGCUUCACGGCACGAUUUCCCCUUUCCUCGCCAACUGCACAAACCUCCAAGCUCUUGACCUCUCCUCCAACUUCCUCACCGGACCCAUCCCGCCGGACCUCCAAUCUCUGGUCAACCUCGCCGUGCUCAACCUCUCCGCUAACCGCCUCGAAGGGGAGAUUCCGCCGCAGCUCACAAUGUGCGCGUAUCUCAACAUCAUCGACCUCCAUCAAAACCUUCUCACCGGGCCUAUUCCUCAGCAAUUGGGUCUCCUUGUUCGUCUCUCCGCCUUCGACGUCUCCAACAACCGCCUCGCCGGUCCGAUCCCGUCGUCGCUCACCAACCGGAGCGGCAACCUGCCCAGAUUCAACGCUAGCUCGUUCGUCGGGAAUAAGGAUCUCUACGGCUACCCUCUGCCGCCGCUCCGGAGUAAAGGGCUGUCGAUCUUAGCCAUUGUUGGGAUCGGAUUGGGAAGUGGACUCGCUAGCUUGGUUCUCAGCUUCACUGGGGUUUGUAUAUGGUUGAAAGUUACAGACAGGAAGAUGGCACAAGAAGAAGGCAAAAUCAGUCACCUUAUGCCUGAUUAUUGAUAUCCCUUAUUCCCUUAACCUUCAAAUUCAACUGAUUAUCGAUAGUGUUAUUAAACUCGGCUCGGCCAUCGACUCGGUUAGAUAUUCAAUAUUUCAUAUCCAAGGUAUCUAUCUCUUUGAUUGAACUUGCAAUUGAUUGAUGAUGGUUCAGCUGAAACCAAAAAAAAAAAAAAAGAGACAGUAACGGUACCAGGUACUUUUUUUUUGUUUGAUGAUAAAAGUGAGGUGUGGGCUACCCUUUUUCUUUGUUCUUAUGGGUUGUUCAGAUAAUUGUCUUUUAUUGAUCACGGGCAUAUAUUUAUAUAUUUUGAUUAUUUUUUA